GUCUGCGUUGCGCAACGUGAUCUCUGCAGCCACUACAUAAACACACGCACAUGCACGCACACACACACACACACACACACACACACAGAUACAUAGAUCCUGCCUUUGCGGAAGCCAGAGGAGUCGAGGCGGCGCUAAAUUAAAUUAGCAUACUGAUAGUUAGCUGUGGAUGGACGGGUGAACUGAGCUGCAUCACAAACACAGCUUCUCCACACAACACCUCGCCAGUCCGGGCUCAUUUUGUCGGGAUUUUGCUGCAGUCCGCCUGCCGAGGAGAUGGGGGACAAGGCGGGCACCAGAGUUUUCAAGAAGUCGAGCCCCAACUGUAAGGUGACAGUUUAUCUCGGAAAGAGAGACUUUGUGGAUCACUUGGACCACGUCGACCCCGUAGAUGGAGUCAUCCUCGUCGACCCUGAGUAUCUGAAGGACAGGAAAGUCUUCGUCACCCUCACCUGUGCUUUUCGUUAUGGACGUGAGGACUUGGACGUGCUCGGUCUGUCCUUCAGGAAGGACCUAUACAUCUCCACCUUCCAGGCGUUCCCUCCGGUGCCUGAGGAGCGUAAACCCAACAGUCGGCUGCAAGAGAGGCUGUUGAAGAAACUGGGCCAACAUGCUCACCCGUUCUACUUCACUAUUCCCCAGAACCUCCCCUGUUCAGUCACUUUACAGCCUGGCCCAGAGGACACUGGGAAGGCCUGCGGCGUCGACUUUGAGAUCAGAGCUUUCUGUGCCAAGUCGAUAGAAGAAAAGAUUCACAAGAGGAAUUCGGUGCGUCUGGUGAUCAGGAAGGUUCAGUACGCUCCAGAGAAACCCGGUCCUCAGCCCAUGGUGGAGACGACCCGAAACUUCCUGAUGUCUGACAGAUCCCUACACCUGGAGGCCUCUCUGGACAAGGAGCUGUAUUAUCACGGAGAGCCCAUCAGCGUAAACGUUCACGUCACCAACAACUCCACCAAGACGGUCAAGAGAGUCAAGAUCUCUGUGCGUCAGUAUGCAGAUAUCUGCCUGUUCAGCACUGCUCAGUACAAAUGUCCAGUGGCUCAGCUGGAGGCAGACGACCAGGUGUCGUCCAGCUCCACCUUCUGUAAGGUUUACACUCUGACCCCGACGCUCGACAAGAACCGAGAGAAGAGAGGACUCGCUCUGGACGGAAAGCUCAAACACGAAGACACCAACCUGGCCUCCUCCACCAUAGUGAAGGAUGUCACCAACAAGGAGGUCCUGGGGAUCCUGGUGUCCUACAGAGUCAAAGUGAAGCUGGUGGUGUCACGUGGAGCGCUGCUGAGAGGCGUGAUGGAGAGAGACGUGUCGGUGGAGCUGCCUUUCAUCUUAAUGCAUCCUAAACCUGUGGAGCCACCUGUGUCCCGCCCACAGUCAGCUGUGCCAGAGAUGGACCCCCCCAUCGACACCAAUUUGAUAGAAUUCGACACAAACAGCAUCUCCCAGGACGACGACUUCGUCUUCGAAGACUUCGCCCGCCUACGGCUCAAAGGCGCUGUGGACGACAAAGACGAGGACUGCUAGGAGCUCGCCAACCUCUUCAUAUGCUCGCUUCGAAACCACCACACACACACACACACACACACACACACACACACACACACACACACACACACACACACACACACACUGUUGACGUUACAUUCCCCGGUGGAGGGGGUGGAUGAGGGCAUGUUUGGAAGGAGGCCUCGCAAGGGCGUCGGUGGUGUUCUUCCUCUCUUGCUUCAGUCAUUCGUCACGCCGCCGCCAUUCUUCGCCUCCGUCUUCUCCAUUCGUCUCUGUUUCUCUUUUUUGCUGAAAAACUUAUAAAGUGUGGAGGACAGGUUCUGAUGAGAAGGUUUAACAUGUGAAGGAAAACUCUUAGCUGAAAUGUAUGAAAAAAUAAAAAGACGAGUAGGAAGCUGAAGCGUAUUUCAUUCUGAGAUCUUUUUUGAAUGUCGAUCACCGUCUUGUACAAACAGAAUAUAUAUUUGAAACAGAAAAGUAAUCUUCUACGAGCUGUCAGGUCUGUGUUCAGUGGUGAUCUACAGUUCUUUUUUCUUUGAGUAAAAACUGUCAAUGCUUUUUACAUCGAGGCUGCGAGGGGAGGACACACUGUACACGAAACACAAACACACACUGCAGUCUUACACCGACUUCUCGAUUUCACCAGCAUCCACUCGCUCGCUCUCAUCUCACUCGGUCGUACAUUUUCUGAACUGUGUGUCACGUCAUCAGCUGCAUGCUCCUGAUCUUCAUUCGUCUUGUUUAAGAACUUUUCCAGAGUGAUCAAGUUUUUUCACGUCUUCAAAACUCUUUGUAUUGUUCUUAAGUUUGAUAAAAGUCACAUUUCACACAAAAACAAACAAAAAAAAAAACGUAAUUUAAAUCAGUUUUCCAGCACUUUCUGUCUCACAUCUUCGGCUCUGUAAAUUGGUCUCUCCUUAGGAAUUUUCAUUUUGUUUUUAAAGGAGCUGAGUGGGUUCAAACCGUUAAAAGAGAAUAUAAACACAUUUUAAAAAACGGCAUAAACAUGGCUUGAAUGUUUGAAAACUUGCAGAUAAAAAUCAGGCUUGAACUGAGACAUGAACCAGUUUAAACUGGAUCGAAUACCAGUCCAAGCCAUCUUCAUUAAAGAUGUUUGAUGUUUGGAUUCCACUUAAAGUCUUGUUCGAUGUAUGCGCAUUUAUUCUCAAUCAGACAAAAUAUGUUGAGGAAUAUGUUUAGUUUGUGAUUAGUCAGACAUUUAAAAAUGUUCCAACUGAAGAAAACUGGAUAGAAGUUGUUUUAACUAUUUUAAAUGUUUAUAAUAAACUGUAAAUUGUCUGAAAAACUUACAAUAAUCAGUUUUUUCCACCACAGGACUGGCUCAGUGUAACUGAGUGGAAAUAUUAGGUUGAUAUGUCACUAAUCAGCCAAAAUACUGUAAGAAAAUACUAUUUUGUGUAUCACUCGCUAAAAAAGAAACUUAGGUUUUUCAGUGUCAUAAAAACUCUUUGCUGAAAAUGCCAGGCUGUUUAAGAAAGAGGAGGACGUUUGUUCAUUGAAUACAAUUGAAAAUAUAUAAAAAGUUGGAGCAUUAGAGCUACCGCAGAUCAAAUUUAGAAAUGUAGAGUGAAAUAAAAGAUGAAGAUGAAUUUUCAGGCAAAAAGUUUAAGUUUAAAUGUUUUCAUAAAAUGUCAAAUUUCACUUUAAAAACAUGGCAUUGUUUAAGAAUAAAGAAAGUUAAUUUUAGAACUUGAAAAAAGCCUGUUUUCUCAUUUUGUUGAGGUCAAAAUUCAAAGCUGACAUUUUCUUCACACCGAACUAAAAUAACUGAAAAUACUUUUUUACGUUGAAUUUUUGCGUCAGUAAGUUUUGACAGAAUAUAUAAACAACAAUUGGAUUGACAUGGGUUAAAUAUGGAUUCUGUUACUUUUCACCUCUAGUUUUGUCUAUUGGUUCUUUACCCCAUUAGAAAUCGUCUCCUCUUCAUCUUUUUGGGAGUAUUUUAACAUCACUGCGGGUGAACAAACAUGACCUCAUAAAAACAAACUUCUUAAAAUAUGAGCCCACUCUCUGAUCACUCUGGAACUGAUCUUUAAACGUUGAACCCGUGUCGAGCUUGGAGCCUGUGACAUUUAAGUACUUUCUCAGCUGAUCUCUCACCUCCGUUUGUUUGUCUCUGUUUUUAAACUCUCGAUUCUUUCAUCACUUCUUUAGCCUGAAGCUGAUCUCGGUCAGGUUAAACCACGCUGUCGACUCUUAAAGGGAAACACUGGUGUUUGUUUGUUCAUCAUCCCCUCUGCCACUGACUGACCCAAACACACUCUGAGAUAACAUUUUCAUACAUUGUUUAUGUAGAUCUGUAAACUUCAUCGUGCCUUUUACGACUCUGUUGCCAAUAAGACGAUAUCCUUUUUUUUGCCAGUCCCAUAUUUUUUGUUUAAGUUCAAAUAAGUUUCAGAAUUUUGAAUGUAAAAUUCUGAAGUAUUGUGUGUUUUUAAGCCCUAAACUCACCUCAGUACAAAGGUGAGAAUAUUUUCCUUCAGUGGUUAAAAUCUCAAAGGAAACGGAGCGACUCUAUCCAAUACAGAAAUCCAAGAUAUGUCUGCAAGUGAUUUUCAAAAUAAAAUCCAAAACAUUUUAAAAUGG